AUGAUUUCAAGUAUUUUUUUCCUGAAUCACCAGGGUGAAGUGAUAAUUGAGAAACAGUUUCGUGAGAGAUGCCCUCGUAUCAUACUUGAGGAUUUUUGGAGUACAUACAUGACACCACUACGCUCUGUGACUGAAGCCUCUUCAGUGAUUCCUUAUAGUCGUUUUGCUUUUGUACAGAUUCACCGCAAUGAUGUUGUUCUCUUAGCGGUUGUGACGAAUGAAGUUUUUCCACUUCUUGUUAUGGAGAUUCUCUCUCUCAUAGCAAAGGUGGUACAAGGAUAUCUUAAGGUUCUCUCGGAGAAUACAUUGCGCGAAAAUUUUUCUGUGGUGUAUCAACUUCUAGAAGAACUCAUUGACAAUGGAUACCCAUUAACAACGGAGAUGCAUGUGCUAGAGGAGUUAGUUGUGCCACCAACACUAGAGAAUAAGUUCCGCAACGUCUUGGAUGCACCUGCAAAAAUAAAACGUCGAGGCAUGGGUGCACGCUCCGUCCCUUGGCGGGAUCCAUCAACUCGGCAUGGUUCUAAUGAGAUUUUUUUUGAUGUUGUGGAACAGUUGGAUUGUAUUGUAGAUUCAGAAGGAGGUCUCGUGCGAGCUUUGGUACGUGGUGCAGUUGAAGUUAAUUGCCGUCUAAGUGGAAUGCCAGAUGUUGUAAUGCGUUUGACAAAUUUAGAUUUUGUAGAUGAUAUUGCUUUUCAUCGCUGUGUUCGCCGAAGUAGGUAUGAAAUUGAUCGAACUAUAUGUUUUAUCCCUCCUGAUGGGAAGUUCACACUCAUGCAAUAUCGUUGUAAACCACUUUUAGAUGUACAAAUACCUUUCUAUGUUGCACCACAAAUUACAUUUGACGCAAAUAGUGGUCGAUUCAACUGCAUGGUAGGGCUUCGUGGAGGUGGAGGAGGAGGAGGAGGAGGAGGAGGAGGUGUUCUUUCUAUGAAAAGCAAGGAAUAUGAAAUUCAUAAAGUUGUCAUUCAUCUUCCGCUUCCUCCGCAAACUGAGUCAGUGCACGUCCAUAGUAGCACACAAGGCUCCACAAAUUUUAAUAAAUCUCGUAGCGUGUUGACAUGGUCAAUUGGAACACUUUUCCGCAGUACAUGUUCACUGAGUGGGGAAUUUACUAUUGGUUUAGAAAAAGAUGGCAAUGGUGUGGUGCCCUGUACAGGUGACUCCGCUAUUGUUGAGUUUACCAUACCAAAUUACCUUAUGAGUAGUAUUCGCGUAGACAGUGUACAAGUUUUAAAUGAAAUAGGGAAACCAUACAAGGGUGUGAAGUACAUUACAUGUUCUGGCCGUUUUGUUGUGCGCACGGUGUAG